AUGCGAGAACUAGACGCCCUAAUCUCAGAGUAUCGCCAUGAGAAGAAACGGCCCCGCGAGGAGGAGGCCCUUUUUAUCUUGCGCAAAGUUGCCUCCUUGGUCAAACCCAUCAUGCGCCAACGCGCGUGGAGAGUUGGCGCGUUAUGCGAAUUCUAUCCCACGCAAAAAAAUCUCUUGGGGUUGAAUGUCAACCAUGGUCAGAAGAUAUGCCUGAGAUUACGGUAUGCUUCGGAUCAGCGGCAAUUUUUGCCUAUCGAACAGGUUGUGGAUACGAUGUUGCACGAACUGUGUCAUAUUGUGCAUGGGCCACAUGACCGACAGUUUCACGCACUGUGGAACCAGCUUCGAGAUGAGCAUGAGGAGCUCGUCAUGAAGGGGUACACUGGUGAAGGCUUCCUAUCCCAAGGGAAACGCCUCGGCGGGAACAGAAUACCGCUCGACGAAGCCCGCCGGCGAGCGCGCGCAGCUGCCGAACAACGAAAAACCUUGGCCAAGAACUCUGGCAAAAGACUCGGCGGUGCUCCCGUUCUUCGAGGUACAGACAUGCGCAAGCUUCGCGCAGACGCUGCUCAACGCCGUAUCGAGGUCACUAAUGGAUGUGCCUCGGGAACCGAUCGCAGCGCAGAGCUUGCCGAGGAGGCUUCUAGGAAUGGAUUCAGGACAAAGGCGGAAGAGGAUGAUGCGAAUGAACAGGCUAUUCUGCAAGCCUUUAUUGAACUGAUCCAAGAGGAGGAGAGAGAGAAAUACGGAGAUUCUUAUAUCCCUCCGAGCCAAGAGAAUCCUGCGGGUCCCAGAACGGGUGAACGAUCCGAGAUUGAUUUGACUGGGGCGGUGGAAACCUCACAGUCAGGCUUUCCCCCAGAGCAGACGCCCGUCAUGUCAAAUUCAACUGCAGACAACAGCUCGUACGAUUCGCCAUGGACCUGUACGACUUGUACCCUCGAAAACCCACCAAAUUUCCUAUGCUGUGAUGUGUGUGCUGCUGAACGGCCUGUUCCUUCAGUCGAAAAGCCCACCAUCACGUCACGACAGGAAAUCCCGGCUGUCCGUUCAAAACCAGAGCCUGAAAGAUCGAAGAAACGAGUAUUCCAAGUCGACGAGGCCGAAGAGAAGGAUGAAGCCACACCCAAGGGCAAUUUCGCUUUUAAGAACCGAACUCGAGCUUUGGACUCACUUGCUUCGAUUCACCGCGAUACUAGUAAACGACCACUGGGCUGGCUCUGCGACCAAUGUGGGAGUUUUAUGGAGAGCCAGUGGUGGACUUGCUCUUGUUGUGGAAAAAUGAAGCCUUCAUCUUGA